AGUAAUCUCGCUCGUCAACUCGCAACUUACCUCUCCGUCAGAAUUGGUCUUGACCGCAACGGAGUUGUCGACGUGCGAAUACCCGAGGACACAAGUGACAAGGAAAUUGUUAAGGCAGUGAACACGUUCAUUGAGAAGGCAAAUUCACUGGAUGUAACGAUUGGGCCUCGAAUUUUCCUACAGUGUCCGUUGGGUGUUGAGGAAUCACGGGCAUGGUUUGUUCGUCUCUGGAACCAGAACAUUGUGCCGUAUAUGGUCAAAGUGGCCAGAGAAGGAGUAAAAGUGCUCGGUCGCUGUGGGUCGUUUGAAGAUCCAACGGAUAUCGUCUGUGAACAUUGGCCGUGGUUGGAAGGGCCGUCCGGUGAAGAAUGCCUCAACAGGUUAUCGAUCAAAGAAACGAUUGGCCAGUCGAUGCCGAAGCAACCGUUCAAUCCGCUCGAUACGUUGAUUCGGCUACAAGCAAGUCGCAACGCCGCCAUUGAUAACAUUUAG